CACAAACUCUAGAAGCACACAUCAGCCCUCCACCUCGCUCGUGCUCCACACCAGCUAGGUAGCAGCCAUGGAGGCGAGCACGACGAAGCUCCGGUCACUCCUGCUGACCUUCCUCCUCCUCAUCACCACCGCCAUCGCGUCGCCCACCCUCGCCUGCGACGAGUGCCGCAAGCCCCCCAAGGCCCCCAAGCCUUCCCACCCGCCCAAGGCCAAGGCCCCCGCCCACCCGCCGAAGAGCCGCGUACCUUGCCCGCCGGUCUACGGCCCGCCCCAUGGCCACGUACCUCGCCCGCCGGUCGUCGGCCCGCCCAAGGGCCACCUCCCUCGCACGCCGGUCGUCAGCCCGCCCAAGGGCAACGCCCCUCACACGCCGGUCGUCGGCCCGCCCAAGGGCCACGUCCCUCGCCCGCCGGUCUACGGCCCUCCCAAGGGGCCCAUCCCGCGUCCGCCGGUCACCGCUCCUCCCGUCGUCGUCGGCCCGCCGGUCACCUACCCGCCCAUCACCAACCCUCCGCCCAAGGGGCCCACCCCGCGCCCGCCGGUCACCACUCCUCCCGUCGUCGUCGGGCCGCCGGUCACCUUCCCGCCCAUCACCAACCCUCCCGUCGUCAGCCCGCCGGUCACGUACCCCGCGCCACCGGUGAUCGCCCCUCCAGUCACCACUCCCCCGUCGCCGCCGGUGACCACUCCCACUCCCCCGUCGACGCCGGGGACAACUCCGCCGUCGACGCCGGGGAACACUCCCCCGUCGUCGCCGGGGUGCGGCUGCGGUUCGCAGCCGCCAGCGCCAGCGCCGCCGGCGACGCAGACGUGCCCGGUGGACACGCUGAAGCUCGGGGCGUGCGUGGACCUGCUGGGCGGGCUGGUGCAUAUCGGCCUGGGCGACCCGGUGGUGAACCAGUGCUGCCCGCUGCUGGAAGGGCUGGUGGAGCUGGAGGCGGCGGUGUGCCUCUGCACCACCAUCCGGCUGAAGCUCCUCAACAUCAACCUCGCCCUGCCCCUCGCCCUCCAGCUCCUCCUCACCUGCGGCAAGACCCCGCCACCCGGCUUCACCUGCUCCAUCUAGUCGACCUAACCUCGGCGAGUCAGUGUGCCACAGUGCCAGUGCACGUGGAGAUGGAUGCAUGGAUGGAUCGACAUGAGAGGAUGUCGAUGGUCGUCGUCUAGCUAGUAGCAAGAAGAGAUCGAUCGAUCAGCUAAGAAUGCAUCGAUGAGUACUGUUUGUUUUUCUUGUGAUUUUUAUUUUGUGUUUGGCUAGGCCUGUGUGUUGUGGUUUGAUGCCAGAGGUGAUAAUCGAUGUGUGCUGAUCAAUUAAUUGGUCACAACUGAUGACCAACUGGUUAAGCUAGCAAAUAAGAAGAAGGAAACAAGUAAACAGUAGUAGUAA